AUUUCCGGCGCUCCACAGGCGGGCGGCCAUGUUACAGCAGCUGGGACGGUGCAGGGGCUUCUGCUGGUUCCCGCGGCGGCCGGUGACCCGCGCUGGCUUCCCAGUGGUUUGGGCCUAUUAGAAGCUACCGUAGCCUAAUGCCAUGAAUGUGGAAGCGGACAAUGCAGAAGAAAAAGCUGUCCAUUCCUGGUCAAGGCUCUCUUCGGCAGGACAUAAAGCACUGGAAGAAGCUCUCCGAGUGUUCAACCCCAUGUCCAAGGACCUUUCCGACACAGAGACCCAGCUGGUAGCUUUUCUUCAAGGGCUCAAGGAGGAAGGCUAUCAGCCCACUAUUCUGAGGAGCAAAGACGUGUACGGUUACAGCUCAUGCACGGCCAGGACUCCCAACCACAUGAAAAUAGCCACUCCCGUUUUGGACGCUCCGGCAGUCGCGGUGGCAAAACUAUCUGCCCCCCUGGCAGGCAUUACAGUGAGUUCUCCUAAAAAUCCUCCUUCGCCAUUGUCCAAGAACAGCAGUUCUACAAAUCUCCUGCUGAAUUCGUUGAAACAGACGCGUUCAGACACGUCGAAAGCCUCUGCGGUGGGCUUCCCUGCUAACAUGUACCCUGGUGUCUACCCGGCCAUGCGGCUGUCUGUGGUGCUGGAAGCCUUGGUCCCGCUGAAAGCCACGGCGUCCUGCCUGGAGUCCAAAUGCAAGGGGGUCUCUCCCUCAGACCUUAAGCUCCUAAAGGCAGCAAAUGCAUCCAGACAACCUCCAGCUGCAAAGGCAAUGAAAAUGUCGCCGGGCCAGUUGGACCCCAAAGGGCACAGGCACGUCAUAAAGACGGUGCCGGACUCUGGCGCCCUGGCGGUUGCCCUUUUGAAAGGACCCAAGGGUGGAGUGCUUCAGGUCAGCAAUGCUUGCAAAGCCUCUGGAAUCCUGAACGGCAGGAUUUCCAGAAGCACCUCCCAGAGCUGCGUGGCGGGGGCCUCCCGAACGAAAGAGCCGCCAUCAGUGGGCAAAGCCGAACGGAGAGCAGGUGGCCGGCAGCCGGAGACCGUUGGGCAGAAGAGAAAAACAGCAGAGGACAAGAAAGAAUUGCCAUGUAGGAAGGAGCCCAGUUCCAUUCCAUCCUCCAGUAAACCGGAAACGGCUUCGAAUGCGCUGAACCUUCUGAAAUUCCAGGCCAUCAAGGUGGACAGCUCUUCGGACGACGAAUUGAGGAGGAGAGCACAGGAGAUCCUGAGGGUUAAUCUGUCCCCUGUCAUCCAAAUCCAGCCUUUGCCUUGUUCUCACAGCGUCCCCUGAGUCAGCCGCGUUGGAGCUACGUGGUCCCGAUGCGGAUGGCCAGACCACCUUCCCAGCUCUUGAGCUUGGCGAGGCCGUAGUGACACGUGUCUGCGAUCCUUGGGCAGCUGGCCACAGCUUAGCAAUUGGGGAAAAGUUCUGCAGAGCUGCACAACCUGCUGGAUUAUAGGACCCUGUUUAGAAGUGUCGUCGGAGGAGGAGGUGUCUCCGAGGCUCUGCUGAGAGAAACAUGGCUCAGAGGACCAGCUUCCCGAGGGACACGUUUCCACACUGCUUUUGUAAACAUGGCAGAACGCACGAAUGGGAGGAAGCAGGGCCAGGAAUAUUGCUGUACUGUUGUUUCUUUCCCCCCACCUUUCCCACCCCACCCCAACUGUAAAUCUGCUGGGUUUUAUUUUGAUCAUGUUAUAUGUGUACUUAUUAAAUAUAAAUAUCUAAUGA